AUGUCGGAGAAAACCGAAAAAUCUAUAAAUCAUCUUCCUCAAUACGUUACUGUAGAUUCGUUGCCAGACGAUUCGUCAAACAAAGCUGUUUCGGGUGAAGUGGUUGAACUGAAGGAAGCUAAGACGGCGCAAAUGACUAUUAUAUACAGAGGACAAGUAUUGGUGUUUGAUUCUAUAUCUGCUGAUAAAGCCAGAGAUAUGAUGUUAGCAGCUGCUGCUUCUUCUUCUUCUUUUGAUAAUCAGAUCCAGAAUCGGAUCCCAUUGGCCUCGACUUCAAAUUCUGCUUCUGAAGGUUUUGGACCGCGAUACCGGAUGCUUCCGGGACUACAAAUAAACGGAUCGGAUUUGCCGAUAGCGAGACGUUCGUCGCUUCACAAGUUCUUAUCGAAGAGGAGGGACAGAGCUAACGAACGAGCUCCUUAUCGGUUGCCGAAUCGGUUGAUGGCAGCUCCGUCUUCGAAUCAUAAGUUUGAUCUGAAUUUGUAG